AAUAUUCCGGUUUUCUACCCCCUCCCCCAAUCUUUAAAGAUAUUGUAUAAAUAUCUGUCUUUUUCCAGUAUGCAUGCGUGCCGAAAUUAUUCCCCAUAUCUAGCUCCAUACAGGGCAAUAAAUUUUACCAAAGAAGUGAAAAUGUUUUAAUUGGUGGAUUUACAGAUUUGAUGUCUUUAUAAAGUUUGAAUGAGGCUUUAUUGUAUAGACCAGAUUUUGCUUCCUUGAAUGAAUCACAGGGGGAUAACAUUACUCCUACAUUAUGUAGAUAUCUACAUUUGUUACCAGACACGAAGGUAUAUCGUGUGCGUGACCAAAACAGACGUCACAUGUCAAGAUAAUGAAAUUUAUCGCAUGAUAUGAUUACCUGAGACGUAGGAUUCUAUUGUGUACGGUUUUGUGACGAUGGCUUCAAGCGAAGGAAUUUACUCUCAUUCAGAUCUAGUUUUGUUGAGUGAUCUUCCAAUUCAACAAAUGUUUGAAAGCCCGUGUUGGUCUGAGACACGAUUUCAGAAGACCUCUUUAGAUAUGAAUAACAUAGAACGAUCUUCGCUAUUUCUGAAUGUUUUUGCCAAAAUCGUGGCUUGUGAAGUCGAGUCAUGCGAGAUUCAGGUUACCGAAAUCCUCACUAGAAUUACUGAUCGAGUGUUUUUUUCACGAAUCUGCACCCUUCUGAGUACAAUCAAGGAGGUUAACGAAGAUUGGUUUACUUUACUUGAAAAUAUUCUCAAAAUGUUACGGGAGCUAUGCAGCAAAUUUCCAAACGUGGCCUUUGACUCUGUAGAACUAUGCAUAUUUAUGGCAUCAACGAUAACAAAACUAAUGUUUUCCAACAAUGAUGACGUUUUGAACGAUCGGUUAUCAAAGAUGAUGAAUGACGUCGAGACUAUUCGAAGAAGCAUAACAGACAAAGCAGUGCAAGUUGAAAUAGAGGGAAGAGAAAAGAAAAGAGAUACAUGUAUGAGAAAACCAUCAAUCGAUUUCCGCAAAAUUCCAAUUCUUCCCACGAGAGAUGAUAUAUUCUAUGAACCCUUUCAGGUAAAAGAAAUGUGGAAAGCGUCAUAUGAGAAUUUAGACCAAUAUUUAGACGUCCAUUUCCGACAGAUAAGAGCACAUUCUUUCACACAGUUGAGAAGCGGAAUAUAUGAUUACAUCAGAACAAAAUCACUUAACGCAAACUCUGUGAGGCUAUACAGAAAUGUAAGAAUUGUUUCAAAAGAAACAUGCUCUGACGGCACCUUAUAUGAAAUCCAACUGGAAGAAAGACUUCUCAGUCACAUUAAGUUCGAGAGGAACAGACCUUUAGUGUAUGGAUCAAUACUCUGUAUGUCACCCGACGACUUCGACACUCUAUAUUUCGCUGUUGUAGAGAACGCUAAUCAUGAUCAGAUUAAUACAGACUGCACCUUGAAAAUUAAGAUAAGACAAGAACAGGGUGAAUCAGAAAUUCCAAUGGAAUUACCCCUGACAAUGAUGGAGAGCACAGUCAAUUUCGAGUUGCACAGACAUGUACUGGCUUCUUUACAGAAUAUUUACGAGGAAGAUUUACCUUUCAGAAGAUACAUGGUAGAAGGUCUUAAAAACAUCCAUCCACCUCUAUACUUACAAGACAAUACUGAUAUAGAAUAUGACAUGACUCCGAUGAUAUCCAAUAGCAAAAUUUUCAAGAAACGCUCUCGUAAGACCACUAAAGAUUGCCGUAGGUACAAAGUUCAUUCAGAACACUGGCCCUCGGCGGAGGAGCUUCAUCUAGAUGAAUCUCAAUACAAAGCAUUUCAGUGUGCAUUGACAAGAGAGUUUGUUAUGAUUCGAGGCCCACCUGGUACAGGCAAGACCCAUGUUGGUCUCAUUAUAGCAAAAACAUUGCUUCAUAACCGAAUUCAUUGGAUGAAUGAGAGAAAAAUAAAUGAAAAUAUUCCUUCAUCCAAAAAUUGUGUUCAGAAAACUAGAUAUAUCGGCGAAACAUCUUCAGCCAUGUUGAUCGUUUCUAAGACAAAUAAUGGAUUAGAUCAGUUCAUUGAAGGGAUCUUGAAGUUUUUAGAUCCAGAGAAUAUAGAUCACUGGAAAUCAAAGUUUGUUCGAGUUGGUUCAAAGUGCACAAAUUCUAUAAAUGAAGCACUUUCGUUGAAACACAAAAGAAAACACAUGUCCAGUUUGAAAAUGAAAGAGACAGGUUGUUAUGAUCUGCUCUCAAAGAGUAAGGAAACAAUAGGUAAAAUCAAAUGGAUGUUGAAAAAAUCCCUUGAAAACGUUUUUGGUGAAAAAAUUCUAAUGAAUUGGGUAGAAGAGGUUAAAACAUUAAGGGAAAACAGCAUUGAAUUUGAUAUGCUAGAAUGGUUGGGAAUUGACGAAAAAUCAUUACGUCAAUCAGUGUCUAAGGAUUAUGAACAAUCCGAAGUGGAAUCAGCCGAGAAAGAUUUGGAAAGUGAAACUGUUGGUUGUGAAAACGAAGAAUACGUAACAGAUACGGAAGCUGAAUCUAUCAAUUGUGAUAUUUACAUUGAUGACGAAGAUUACAAAACAUGCGAUAAGUUCGAAGAAAUUGGAGCCAGCUUAGAAUUGAUAGUAGACUCAAUUUUGGAAAAUAAUGAAUUUGAUGAAAAAUUUUCAAGUCUGUUAAAAGAAAGAGCAAAUAAGGCGAAAACUAAUAUUCGUAGGGGUGAUAUUAUGACACAGACUGAAGUUGAAAAGUCCAUUGAGAAACCUUGGAAAAUACCCCUGGUUCAGAGAUGGAGAAUGUACAGAUAUUUCCUUCAUCAAUUACGCCAGAAAGCCAUUAAUCUGUUGCAUGAGGAGGAAAUCGAAUAUGCAAAAUUACAAGCAAAAUGUGCCCGUGAGAAACAAAUGGUUAUUGAUUACGAAAUUCUUUCUCAUUCAGCAAUCAUUGCAAUGACAACUGCAGGAGCAGUUCGAUAUCAGGAUGUUCUGAACGAGAUUGGUCCCAAAAUUAUUAUAGUAGUAGAGGCAGCCGAAAUAUUGGAGGCACAUAUUAUUCCAAUAUUGAAUUCAUUUUGCGAGCAUCUUAUUUUAAUCGGUGAUCACAGUCGAUUAGAAAUGAAAUCUUCGGGAAUUGAACUCCAUAGAAAACACUACAUAGAUUCAUCGUUGUUUGAAAGAAUGAUAAAUCUAGGUGUACCAUACGUUUCCUUAAAUAGACAACAUCGUAUGCGGCCAGAUAUUUCACAGUUGCUUCGCCCCGUUUACGGUCGAGAGUUGAUAGACAAUGAUAAUGUACUAGAAUACGAACAUGUUUUGGGUAUUGAAAAAAAUGUGUAUUUUGUGUCACACAGUGCUGAAGAAUAUAAAAUGGGUGACACCCAAACAUUCUUGAACGACCACGAGGCAAUGUAUAUUGAAUGUCUUACCCGAUAUCUUUUGAAGCAAGGUUAUACAGCAAAACAAAUAACAAUCAUUACACCUUACUCGGGUCAAAUGAAUUUGAUACAGAACCGUUUGUCAAGUGAUGAUUUCAAAGGAAUAAGAAUAUCAAUUCUUGAUAAAUACCAAGGAGAGGAAAAUGACAUUGUUAUAUUGUCUCUCGUCAGAUGCAACACAGAAGGAAAUAUAGGCUUCCUCGAUAAGGAAAAACGGGUAUGUAUGGCUUUAUCCAGGUCCAGAAUUGGUCUCUAUGUCAUCGGAAAUUUUGACUUGUUGCGAAAAUUUUCACAUAAGUGCAAGCUGUGGCAACAAGUGAUAAAGAUGAUGGAAAAUAAUGAAGCUCUUGGAAAAGGACUUCCGUUAUUCUGUAGAAAUCACAAAUUAACUCGCAUGCUAGCUGUCCAUUCCGAGGAUUUUGACAAAGUACCCGAAGGAGGAUGUUUGCAAAAAUGCAGCUUCAUAUUAAAAUGUGGACAUGUAUGUAACUUGCAUUGUCAUCCAAGGGAUCCAAAUCAUACAGAAAUCACAUGUCAAGAACAAUGUUCAAGUUAUUGUGAAAAGGGUCAUAAAUGCAGUAAGCGGUGCCAUUUUCCCCACGACUGCCAGUGUGGAAGAGAAGUGAAGAAAUGCUUGCCAUGUGACCACAAAUUAAUGAUGGCUUGUCAUAUAAAUCCAGAGUACGUCACCUGUAAAUUUCAAGUGAAUAGAAAACUUAAAUGUGGACAUACUGGUGUAAUGCUAUGUUUUGAAAACCCCUUGCAAUAUAAAUGUGAUGUCACGGUCCAGAGAAUUUUGGAAUGUGGUCACCAGAUGGUCGUGUCCUGUCAUGACGAUAAGGAACAUUUCAAAUGUAAGAAGAUUGUUUUGAGGACACUUCCAUGUGAACACAAGAUACUGCUCGAAUGUCAUGUUGAUGUCAAUAAGUAUGAUUGCAAGCAAAUGAUUGUCAAAACACUCCAAUGCAAGCACGAAGCUGAGGUGCCAUGUCACUUGAAUGUAUUAAGCUUCAAAUGUAUGGAGGAUGUUACUGAGAAAAGAAGUGACAAAUAUAAGCCCAAACUUUCAUUUACGUACUACUUAACCGGAAAAAGAAGUGAUAUAGAAUACAAAUGUGAACAUUUUUAUACAAGAAAAUGUCACGAAUUGCCAAGCCAGUUCCAAUUACUAAAUCCAUGUAAAGAACAAAUCAAGAAAAACCUGGAAUGCGGACAUAUUAUUGCAAUUGCUUGUCAUCAACAAUGUGAACCAAAUCGAUGCAAGACUCAGGUGAUGACAACAUUUCGGUGUCAUCAUAAAAACAUUAUUGUACCUUGCUACCAGAGAAACAUAGCAAAAUGUCGGUCAGUAUGCGGAAAACUGUGCGAAGCAGGGUAUACUUGUCAGCAAGUGUGUCACUAUCCAGAUCUAUGUUCAUACAUGGUGCGAGUGAAGUCAGAUGCAAAGUGAUAUCCCGGAAUUGAAUUAUAUAGAACCAAACAUUUCAACAAAUAUUGGAGGAGAAAUCAUUGCAAAGAGAAUACUACAACAGACACGGAACGAGACCAAAAUGAUAAACAAACCAAAAAGAAACAUAUACUGUUUCUAAGAAAGAAAACCUGGAAUCAAAGCUUGAAAGGCGAUUCAUCGGAAAAGGAUGCGAUUUUGGUCGUUUUGUUGUAAGAUAAGCAGAGGUGAAGGUGUUAUCAAUGGGAAAGAAAAGCUCACAUCAUGCAGAAUGGAAAAUGAGUUCUCUCGCAAAGUUUAUGGACGAAGAACAAAAGGAAGGGUCAGAAUAAACGACCUAAAGGAUUUUAGUCACGUGGUCUUAAUUUCGAAAGACGUCGUGAAAAUUAUUUUUUUUAGGGUUUGAUAAAAAGGACGAUUUGAACUUGUGAUAUUCCCUAUUCCUCACAACUUCUCCCUUUUCAGUGAACCAUGUGAUAUUCAUGCAAUACAUGUAGCUGUGACUGUUUUCUUUAACGAAAAUGGUCACGUUUGCAUUUUUAUAUCAACAUCAUUGUUUAGUAUGAAAUUGUGACGUCAUUGUAAUGGUUAUUCAGCAUACAAUACACACCAGAUUUUAAGUUUUUCAAAGCAUCAUGUUGGAAUGUAAAUAUCUAUUUAGAGAGACCUAAAUUUUCUUGAGAAUUAUAAUUUGUAAAAUAUCAUAGUUAAUGCUUUAAUAAAUAUUUAUCAUAUGUUUGCUGCACAGCAUCUUGGUGUAUUUGCGCAUUUGUAUUGUGUUAUGUGAAUUUCAUGUUUGAUGCAUGUAAUAACAUAUUUGCAAAGGGAUUUUGACAUGCAAUGGUUUAAAAUGGAUGCAGAGGAUCCGUGAUUUUAAGGUAGCUCCAUCCUCAUUUGACGUCGUAAGAUUUUGUAAAAUCAUUAUUUUUAACUUUGCGCGUAAGGAAAAUAUAUCUUUAGAUUUCAUUCACUGGAUAUAAUUGGUAAACUAUUUGAUACUGUAUUUUUGUCAGUGAUCAACUAACUAUAUUAAAAAGAAUUUGCGAAUGUUGAUAGCUCACAUUAUUUCUAUUGUAUGUGUUUAUUAUACGAUGCUUUCCCUGAUAUUCUCAUUUAAUGUAUACAUAUUUAUGAAAUAGCAAUCUUUUGAAAAUGUGAACUUUUAAUUUUAUCAUUCUAACCAGUUUUUAUGUAUUUCUAUUACGUUUUUUUAGUGAAAAUGUGCGCUUUUCUUAUGUUGGCUUAUAAUUCUGUUUUUGGAUGUCUGAUAUAUUAAAAAAGGGUGGGAA